AUGGCGGAGGGGGCCCACUAUCAACCGGCGAAUCCGGCAUUGUCCUCGCCACCGCCACAGUUGAACCAGAGUAGCCCGACCCAGUUAGAUAAUGGCGACGGAGCCGGUGGCGAAUUGGAGGUUUCUCCCAAACCGGAGGUAUUUACGGAGACCACGGUGAAGCAGAAAAUCGAAAUGCUGAUAAGCUUGGAUCAGGAUUAUCGGAGACGGUCGCCGAGAUUAGUUGAGAAUGGUGGAGGAGAAAGCAGUGGCAAAUUGAGGAAUUCAGGGGAGCUGGAGAAAUCACCACCACUGAAGAAGCAAAAGACUGGGAAAAAAAUUGCAUUCUUUAUCAGUGACCCGGUUCCCGAGGAUGAGGCUAGGCUCCACUGGCCUUGGCGUUACGAUGAAAAUAAGGGUCCAAAAAAUAAUGGACAUGCCUCAAAAUGCGAGGAUGACGACAAUGAAGAUCAGCUUAUUUUGAAUAUAAAGUGUCAUUAUUCUGAAGCGAAAGUAGCAAAUGUUGUUUUUAGUCUUGGUGAUUGUGCAUACAUAAAGGGUCCAAAACGGGGUCCUAAUUAUGUUGGCAGGAUACUAGAAUUUUUUGAGACAAAAGAUGGCGAAGACUAUUGUAGGGUUCAAUGGUUCUUUAGAGCUGAAGACACGGUUAUAAAGGAUGAAGGGAAAUCUCAUGACAAGAAACGGCUAUUUUAUUCUACUCUGAUGAAUGACAAUUUAUUAGAUUGUAUAGUCUCAAAAGUUGAAGUUGUUCAAAGAUUACCAAAUGUAAGUUUGAAAGGAAAACUUAUUCCAGAGUGUGAUUUUUAUUUUGAUAUGAAAUACUCGGUGGAUUACUCAACAUUUAGUACAAUUGUUACAGAUCAUCAUACAGAUAAGACUGAUUUAUCCUCUCCAUCUCCUAUGAUGACAAUGAGCAUUCACAAAGAUGCCACAAAUAAUACCGGUAUCAAGUGCAAUGUUGAUGAAGCAUCCAAUAAUGGACUUCACAAAUCAGAGCUAGCAUUACUGGAUAUGUACGCUGGCUGUGGAGGAAUGUCAAUGGGGUUAUGCUUUGGUGCCAAAGCAUCUGGCAUAAAUCUUGUGACGAGAUGGGCUGUUGACAUGGAUGAAGCUGCAUGUGAAAGCUUGAGGUUCAACCAUUCGGAUACACAAAUUAGAAAUGAAUCUGCGGAGGACUUUCUUGAUUUGUUGAAGGAAUGGGACCGUCUCUAUAAAAAAUAUGCUAACCAUGAAGUAAGAGAACUGAAGUCAAGAGUUAGAGAAGUUGAUGAAGACAUAAACCUAAAAGCUAAUGGCAAAAGAAACCGUGAAUAUGAAGUUGAUAAGCUAGUAGACAUAUGUCAUGGUGAUCCCACGGAAACAGGAAAGCGGGGGCUUAAGUUCAAGGUUCGUUGGAUCGGAUACAGUUCAAAGGAUGAUACAUGGGAGCCAAUUGAGAACUUAGGUAAUUGCCAAGAGCGGAUACAAGAUUUUGUACUCAAGGGAAUUAAGGCAAAAAUUCUGCCACGUCCGGGCGACGUUGAUGUUAUCUGUGGUGGCCCUCCAUGCCAAGGAAUAAGUGGCUAUAAUCGCUUCAGAAAUGUUGAUUCUCCUCUUGAUGAUGAAAGAAAUCAACAGAUCAAGAUUUUUAUGGAUAUAGUUGAUUUCCUAAGGCCAAAGUUCAUUCUAAUGGAAAAUGUAAUUGACAUCCUACGAUUUGCCAAUGGCUGUCUGGGAAGAUAUGCAAUAAGCCGAUUGGUUCACAUGCAUUACCAAGCGAGGCUAGGGAUCAUGGCUGCUGGUUGCUAUGGUCUUCCUCAGUUCCGUUUGCGUGUUUUCUUAUGGGGUGCUCACCCUCACGAGAUAUUGCCCCAGUUUCCCCUCCCAACGCACAAUGUGGUCAUCCAAUACGGAUUUCCAAGUGAAUUUGAGCGUAAUGUUGUUGCUUAUGAUGAAGGGCAAUCUCGGGAUCUAGAAAAAGUCAUUGUUCUGGGUGACGCAAUAUCAGAUCUUCCUCCUGUUGGGAAUGAGGAGAUUCGUGACAAGAUGCCAUACACAAAGUCUCCAGAAACUGAGUUUCAAAAGUAUAUUAGGGCAUCUAAAUCUGAUAUGAUGGGCUCUUCUUCCAGCAGUGCAAACAAAAAUCCUGUUCUCCAUGAUCACCUUCCUUAUCCAUUGGGAAAUGAUGAUUAUUUGCGUAUUUGUAAAGUACCUAAAAGAAAGGGUGCAAGUUUUAGAGACCUUCCAGGCAUUGUCAUUGGAUCCGACAACUCUGUUCGACGAGCAGAGGAGCAAAGUUUGAUGCCAUCUGGAAAGCCUUGGGUACCUGAUUAUGCUAUUAGUUUUCGUGAUGGAAGGUCUACGAAACCAUUCGGACGGUUGUGGUGGGAUGAGACUGUGGCAACUGUCUUCUGUUUUCCCGAUCAUCACUCACGGCCAAUUUUGCACCCUGAGCAAGAUAGAGUCCUCACUCUCCGGGAAUGUGCAAGGCUGCAAGGCUUUCCUGAUUAUUAUAAGUUUUGUGGAAAACUGAAGGAAAGAUACCGUCAAGUGGGGAAUGCUGUAGCUGUUUCAGUUAGCCGCAGCCUAGGAUACACAUUAGGUAUGGCCGUGCAGAAGUUGAGUAGCGAUAAACAUCUCAUGACUCUUCCCCCCAAAUUCUCCCAUUCCACAACUAUCGAGCUAAAGUCUCCAUCUUCAGAUGUCUAA